AAAAUUCUUCUUCAAUUUCUUACUAAAUAUAUAAAUAUAUAUAUUUUGAACAUGAGAGCAGAGAGAUGAGAGGGAGAGCGUUAGAGAGAGAGAGAGCACCGGAGAGGGUGACCGACAACAGAGAACGAGGAAGGAGGAUAGCACAGCGAUAUGAGGGAAUUCAGCUAGAGAGCAGGAACCGUCCGAUGGAAUAUUACGGGGGAUUUGAGAAGAGGAUAUACAACCAAGCAAUACCUUUCUUUUUCACAAAUUUCCCUGAAGACUGGUCUUUUGAAGAGAUGUGGGGAACUUUCAACAGACUGGGAGAGGGAAGGGUAAUCGAAAUUGAUCGUCCGAAAAAGAGACACUGCCUGGGAAGGAGAUUUGGUUUUGUUAGAUUCUUGGAGGUCAGAGAUGACAGAGAGCUGGAAAGAAAGCUAAACCAAGGAAACGGGAUGAAUGGGACAACUAAAGGUGUGGCUACAUCAGAGGCAGAAACUCACCCGAAACUAUCUUAUGCCGAGGUAGUAAAAGGAAGAAUGGCAGAAAACCAAGAUCGGGGACAAGAAACGAAGCAAUAUCAUGGAACAAGUAACAGAGAGCAGAUCAACAAGGCCAGGACGAGUGAACAAAGAACAUGGAGAUGGAAGCCAAAACAGCAACAUCAAGAAUGGUCGGGAAUGGAGUUUAAUGAAAAAUUCUUUAUGGAAGGAAUCUUCUUCUGCAAAAUCAAAGCAAUGGGAGGUAGAUUGGUCUUGAUGGAAGGACAUGAGACAGGAGAUUUGAAAGAGCUGGUAGAAAAUUACAAAGAGUGGCUAGGACAGUGGUUUGAGGAAAUCAAACCAUGGACCCCGACGAUGGUGGCAACAGAAAGGUUCGCAUGGAUUAGGUGUUUGGGUCUACCUUUACAUGCAUGGAAAACGAAAUAUUUCCAAUCUUUUGGAAAUCUUUGGGGUACAUUCAUCUCUGUGGAUGAUAGCACUAGCCAGAAAAAAUGCCUUGAUGUUGCCAGAUUUCUCAUUUCAACUCCUAUAAUGGAAUCCAUCUCAAAUCACCUAACCAUAAAGAUUAAUGGGGUGGUGUACAAAAUCAAAUUCUCAAAGGAGGAAUCAAGUAAUAGUCUGUAUAUAAUGAAUACAGACUUUAAAAUAAAAGGCGAUUACAAAAGUGAAGAAGAAUGGCCAACAGAAGAUUUGGAGAGUGAAGCAGGCCAUGGUUUUCAAUAUUUUGACUCAGAACAUACCAGGGGCGAGGAAGAAGACGAUGACAUGGCAACCGAAUUGCGAGUGCCGGAGACAGGCGUGGAAGAUGGUGUGAGAGCUUUGGAAGCAUCGAACCAUUCACUAGAUGACACAUCAACGGCGGAGUGGGUGAGUCAGCACAUUAGAAGUAAUAAUAAUAAUAAAAAGAAAAAGAAAAGCACAGUUGAAAGGACAGAAGAUGAAGCCUUUGUGACAGAAGGAAUGGGGGAUGUGAGAGGGAUGGGAACAGAUUCAGAAGACAACAAAGAAAACAAAGGAAGCAGAGGGACUUUCAAAUUGGGAGCAACGGUUGAGGCUUCAGGGGAAAACAACAUAGAAUGUAGCACAAAAAGCAGCACGAUGGAGCAGAUGGGAGUACCAAAUGGGCCGCUCAACAAAAAGAAUGCUAGUAAACCAAGUCACGUGAGGAGUGAAGAAGUAAACAGCUUUUGGAAAGACCUUGACAGCAAUUCAGAGGGGUGCGGACUCAGAGGCACUCGGCUGCAGAAAAAAAAGAAAGGGAAAAGGCUGGUGACAGAAAAAAUGGAGCAGGAGGUGGCCUUCGAAGCAAACUCAACAGAUCUGAUAGCAAACGAUUCAAUAGAUGACAGCAAUAUCCAGAAUUGCAACAAAAGCAUUGAGUUAGAGAAUAGAAGUAGAGGCACAGAAGCUUUAUGGAGACGCAUCAAGGAAUUGGGAGUAUCAACAGAAGGGAAUGAGAUACUGGUGGGGCCUAGGAGGGGUGGGGAAGAAGAGGGAGGUUCGGGAAUUGGUGAUGAGGCACAGAACAAUAUGGAGUGGGUGGCAAAAUCAUCUUCGAGAGCCUUCGGGGGGUUAAUCAUAAUCUGGAAUAGUGAAAUAUUCAAGAAAGUAGAUGUUUUUGAAGGUGAUGGUUUUCUUGGGAUUUAUGGGUUAUGGGGACCUGAUGCUCACUCGUGCAUUUUGUGUAAGGUAUACUCUCCGUGUGAUUUGGAGAAAAAGAAAAUUCUGUGGGAAUCACUUCAACAGAUAAUAAAGAACAACAGGGGAUGUUGGUGCAUAGGGGGUGAUUUUAAUGCCAUCAGAUGUCUACAAAAAAGGAAGGGAGGAAGGAGUGCAAGGAGAGAAAUAAUGGGUUUUGAAGAAUUCAUUUUGAAUAGCGGCUUGAUGGAUUUACCACUGUUGGGAAGGAAGUAUACAUGGUAUCAACCAAAUGGUCAAUGUAUGAGCCGCUUGGAUAGGUUCUUGUUUAAUGAUGAAUGGUUAACGAAAUGGCUAGAUUUGAAGCAAUGGGGUCUCCACAGAUCUUUGUCGGAUCACAGCCCAAUAUUGGUAAAAAAUGAAGCACAUAAUUGGGGACCAAAGCCAUUCAAAUUCUUUAAUGCUUGGCUACAUAACCCUAGAUUUACAGAGAUGGUUGCAGCAAAAUGGAGAGAGACUUCAGUCCAAGGAUGGGGUGGAUUCAUCUUGAAGGAAAAAUUGAAAAUGACUAAAGAGUUCCUUCGGGUUUGGUCAAAAUCUUCAUUACAAGAAGUGGAUAGAAAGAUUGAGGAAUCUAAGGAGGAGAUGAACAGAAUUGAUGAAAAAGCAGAAACUUGCAGCUUAACAAAAGAAGAUCUAUUUCUUAGAAGCUCACACUACACUAAGUUAUUAAAGAAUAUAAAUGAAAUAAAUGUAAUCUCCAUAGGGGGCAAAGAGCUGAGGCAAGUUGGAGAUAUAAAGCAAGGUGUAAUGAAGUAUUUUGAGAACUUAUUUACUGAUGAGGGAUGGACAAGACCGAAGUUAGAGGGGCUCAAAUUCAGAACCAUUUCGGAGGCAGAUAGAUGUAUGCUUAUUGAACCUUUUACAGAGGAGGAAGUCAAAACAGUGGUAUGGAAUUGUGAUAGCACCAAAGCACUAGGGCCAGAUGGAUUUACUUUCGGUUUUAUAAAGAACGAAUGGGAGGUGAUCAAAGUAGAUAUCAUGGAAUUCCUCAAGGAUUUUCACAACAAUAGAAAACUGGUAAGGGGCUCUAAUGCUUCUUUUCUCGUCUUGAUACCGAAGACUGAGAAUCCCCAAGGAGAAAAUCAAUUUGCUUUUAUUGAGGGAAGGCAACUUGUAGAUGGAGUGGUUGUUGCAAAUGAGGCGAUUGAUGGGGCACGAAAAAGAAAAUCCUGGUGCUUUAUUUUCAAAAUCGACUUCGAAAAAGCUUAUGAUAAGGUGUGCUGGUCUUUCCUUGAUUACAUGAUGGAGAGAAUGGGUUUUGAUAUAGUAUGGAGGGGAUGGAUCGCGAAAUGCUUAAAAUCAAACAUGGUGUCUGUUUUAGUCAAUGGAAGUGCUACCAAAGAGUUCUCGAUGACAAGAGGGCUUCGACAAGGCGACCCAUUAUCCCCAUUCCUGUUCCUAAUGGUGGUAGAAGCUCUAAAUGGACUAACUUCCGCAGUUGUUGCAAAGGGAUACUUUUGGGGAGUCAAAAUAGGAGAUGGAGAGUUAGAAGUUAGCCAUCUUCAGUUUGCAGAUGACACACUUUUCAUGGGAGAGGCGACUGAAGACAACGUUUGGACAGUAAAAUGCAUAAUGAGGGCAUUUGAAUUGGUGUCAAGGUUGAAGAUAAAUUACAGAAAAAGCUCUUUAAUUGGAGUGAAUAUAGAUGAAGACUGGAUCAGAAGCAUGGCAUGGAUGAUGAACUAUAAAACCGAAUCCCUCCCUUGUAAGUAUCUCGGCAUGCCAUUGGGGGCAAACCCAAAGAGAAUAUCCACCUAGAAACCUCUAAUAGACACAUUCAGAAGAAAGCUCUCAGUUUGGAAAGGAAGACUCUUAUCUCUCGGUGGACGAAUUACCCUCAUAAACUCUGUGCUAUCCAGCCUACCAGUGUUCCUGAUGUCGGUAUAUUUGCUCCCAAAACAGGUAAUCCAUGAACUUGAUAAAAUUAGGAGGAAUUU